UUUAUACCAGCAAGACUCGAAAAUCUCAAGUUCUUCUUACUCAAAUAUAUAUAACAAAGAACCACAACAAAGAACACAUGGUGGGAGGUGGUUCAAUUUCAAUUAUUCCAAAGUGGCUUGAAGUACUUUUGGCUGAGAAAUUCUUUAAUUCAUGUUUGGUUCAUGAAUUUGAUAGGAAGAAUGAAGAAAAUGUAUUUUGUUUGGAUUGUUGCCUAAGUUUAUGUAUACAUUGCUUGCCUUCUCACCAGAAUCAUAAACUUUUGCAGAUUAGAAGGUAUGUUUAUCAAGAUGUUUUAUGCUUCAAAGACGCUAACAAACUGCUAGAUUGCUCCUUUGUUCAAUCUUACACAACUAAUAGUGCUAAAGUGGUCUUCAUAAAUCAAAGGCCACUUCCCAGCCAAUUCAAGGGCUCAAACUACACUUGCAUUUUAUGUCACAGAAGCCUUCAACGUCCAAACAUGUUUUGCUCCAUCUCAUGCAAGGUGCAACACAUGUUUAGUUGCUCCAAUGUAAACUUCGUUAUAAAGUACCAAAAGUUGAUGAGCAAAUGUGAAAGUUCAAUGAACCUUAUGGAUGGCCAAAAGACACCUAGUUCCAUAAGAACUUCAUCUGGCUCAAUCUCAACUAGUGUUGAUGCAAUCAAUUGUCAAUCUAUGGCCAUUGUUCCUGUGAAAACUAAAGAUACAUUUCUAAAUGUGUCAACUUGUUCAUCAAAAUCUAAUGGAUCAUGCUCACACCGUCGGAAGGGCAUGCCUCAGAGGUCUCCCUUAUGUUAGAUUUGUAUCUUAAGGAUCGUGGUAUUUUACGGUCUUUGGCAAUUCUAAUCUCUUGAUUUAGCUUUUGCAGUUGAGCUAGAUGUCAUAUUCGUUACUUAGUAUGAUAUCAAAGUCAAGAUUGUACUAGCUCUUGAUUAAUUACCUCAUAUUAGGCUUCAUGUAAUGUUGUUUACACUUUA